CUAAUAGAUUUUUUCUGGUGUGAUGUUUUCUAUACUUUGCUAAUAAUGGGAGUUGUUGUUAUUCCUCCGCUGUACUAUGCUGUAGUAACGUUCCCAACUGAUGUACCGAUAAACAAAAGUAGAAAAUGGACAAUGAUUAAACAGGCACUCACAGGCUACAUGUAUGCAUCCAUUGCAGUGGUGGUAGGAUUCCUUCUUUUACACAACAUGAAACAAACACCGCCGUCUUGGGGAUACGAUCGACUGCUUGCAUUUCUCAUCGGUCAAGCCGUAUUUGGUGUUUUUAUUUUUCUACCAAUGUUUUUUAUUCCACUCAAACGUAAUAGAAUGCGAAAAAUUAAAUGAAUGUUUUUUUUCAGUUUUGGUUUUUCUAAAUUCAGGGUAAAAGCAUGCUGAAAUAUGGAAUUUUAAAGAAUCUAACAUUUUUUUUUCUGGGGCAGUUAAUUUUCAAUGAAUGGUGUUUCAUACUAUUUUUUGAGGGGUAUGCAUAUAGAUAACAUUCCCAAAACUGUUUUUAUUUAGCAAAAUACAAAUUUUCGG